CCCUCACGUUUUUUAGGUUAUAAUUUUCCACUUUGUUUCUUAGGUUAUGUGGUAUGUUAUGUUAAUAUCCUAGAAAAACUAAAAAGUCGGAUAAAAAAACAUUAUUAGGGAUUCGCCAAAACUGCCAAAAUGUUUCGAAGAAUAAACGUUUUAAUCGACCCAAUUAAAUCCCUACAUUCGCAAGGGGGAAUUCUAUUAAAAUCUGAGGUGCGCCUAUUGUCCACACAUACACAAAAACUUUUAAACUCUGCAAGUGCAGAAACCACAAAUGCAACAAGUGCAAAAAAUACUGUGAGUAAAGCCAUGCGAGCUUACCUACAGCGGGCUCAAGAGCACGAUGAAUUCAUGAAGGCCCAAAGGCAUGAAUUCGAAAUAGGAAAGAGGCAUUUGGCUAAUAUGAUGGGAGAAAAUCCUGAGACAUUUACACAAGAGGAUAUUGAUAAUGCUAUUGAGUAUCUUUUUCCAAGUGGACUUUAUGAAAAGAAAGCUAGACCUAUGAUGAAACCUCCAGAAGAAGUGUUCCCCCAAAGAAAAGCUGCUGAGUUUGAUGAAACUGGUAGGCCUUACCAUUACCUCUUCUACACAAGCAGACCUAAUUUUUAUGGAACUUUACAUGAGGCAGUUCAGCACAUAAUUGACUUAAAUAAAUUUGAAGAUAAUAUGCUAAAAAAAAAUUUACUACCAGAUCCUAAUUUAGCUCUUCAAUUAUCUGGUUCAAGAUGGGUAACAAAAGAACAAUUAGAGAAAAAACUAGUAGAAACCUUAACAGACAAGGAGUAUGCUAGUUUCAUAAAUGUUAUGGAGCGGUUAGCAAGUCUUCCAUAUUCCUACAAGGCAAAGGAUUUAAUUUUGAGUCAUAGAGAAGAUCUUAUGAGCCAUACAGAGACUUAUGAGGCAAUUAAAGCUCAGAUUGGUGAGGAUGGAAGGCAGUUUGUCACAGUUUAUGAAUGUCGUAGGAAAAGAGCUAUAGGAAAUGUAACUCUUCGAGUUCCUGGCACAGGUAAAAUAAGUAUUAAUGGAAAAGAUAUUAAUUAUUUUGAAGGAGUACAAGAAAAGGAACAGAUUUUUUUCCCAUUAAUUUUUACAAAUAUGCAAGGAAAAGUGGACAUUGAGGCUGAGGUGGCAGGAGGUGGUCCUUCAGGCCAAGCUGGGGCUAUCAGAUGGGGUAUCUCCUGGGGUCUUAGAAGUUUUAUCGAUCAGGAAGUUAUGGAGAAAAUGAGACUAGCUGGGUUGCUAUCUUACGACGUAAGGAGGCGUGAAAGGAAGAAGCCAGGUCAAGAGGGAGCCAGAAAGAAAUUUACUUGGAAGAAACGUUAAUUUAUUGUCAAAAUACAGUUAUUUCAGUAAACUUGAUUUUUUCAAAUGA